CCCCUCCUCCCUACCAAUAGCUGUCAGAUCCCCAUGGUCGCUUUUCUUCUUUGCUGAAGGGAGAAGGAAGAACACUGCAUUCGAGAUACUAUGACGGCGUUCCCGACGGAGUCGCUUCCGACUGCAGACGCUCCAGCACCGACGCCCAGGUUAGAGGAGGGUCCAGCAACACAGACGUCGGAUGAAUGGAAUCAUUGGAAUCCGGGAGAGACACCACCACCGUCAAAUGGCAGGAAUAAACCGGACGACGAGACUCCGAUUCAGAUAACGACCACGCCUACGCCUGCUAGAGUUCCGUCGGCUUCUCCCACUGAGUCGGGCACCGCUUAUAGUCCAACGAGUCAAAUUGACCGUUCAACAUUGAUCGGGAUUUUGGUCGCGUUAGGAUUUGUUUUCCUUGCAGCAUUGGCAGCACUAGCUUGUAUCAAGCGGAAGAAGAACCAGCGUAGAAGAGGGAUAAGAAGCUGCCGUAGGAGGGGUCCCGUAGAUGAUGAGGACGAUGGGGAGAAGGCGCCUCCCAGUUACGAGGUAGCAGUUUUUGGAUCAACAAAUGAUGCAACAUGGGUAUGCGAGGAUCCAUUCCAGAUAUCUUGAAAUCCCUACCCCUACAGUAUUGCUAACGUACUCUUCAGAAUGAGCAUUAUGGUGUCCAAAACCCCCCACAGCAGCCAGAGCAACCAAUACUUCAAUCCCCGGAACCGGUGCACCACGUGAUCCAUUCUCCACGGCCAAUAAGUGCCACUAGUACCACAGCUCUCAACCGCCUCGAGCCAAUCACGACACCGCAGCAGAGGCCAGUAUCGCAAGGAAUAGUAGUCUUCCCUCAUGACUCCCCCGUAUUGGGACCGCAAGACGACAGCCUUUCACUGCAAACGGCGUUAAGGCAGAGUCAGCAGAGUAACAGGGUGUUAUAUUCACAGCCCACUGCAUCAGGAAGAUUCACGGAGAGCUUUGACGAUUCGGCGUCAGUGGUCAGCGAACUGACAGAGGAGGAACGAAUUGCUGUGGUCGAGAUUGUCUGAGACCUCUUGGGAUACGGUAGAUUAUGCGAUAUUUUUGCUCAUUUUAUUUUUAUUUAUCUCUUUAUACAUAUUUCUUUCUCACGAAGGGAUGACGGAUUGGCGGCAUUUUUUCGGCUCUUUUUUUAAACUUCACGGUCCUUUUUUGCGCUGGGACAUUUAUCCAGAUUGGCAAGGUUCAGUUAAUUCUUGGGAUUGCAUAUAUGGGAUUGGUAUCACGAAGGGAACGAACCUGGGCCGAUGUUGGGAACUGGAGUUGUUUCUAUAUCUCUUUAAUAUACCCUUUAUUUCGUUUAUUCAGUUUCUGGGGGCUUUUUUAUUAUCUUCAUUAUUUCUUUUCAUCAUCAUACCUCUGGAUUCUGGGGCGACGAACACAAACAACCGAUUGAUAGGUGUCAUGUACUACCAUGUUAAACGAACGAAAAAGAAAAAGAGGGUUAUGAAAAGAAGAGCCUGUACGAACCGGUGUGGCUUACUGUUGCACGAGUGAGAAGUAAGUAAAAAGCAAAACUUUUCAAGUCACUUGUCUUCGCUGUCAAUUGGGCUUUCUAUAAAUAUCCCCAGGCCCCACCUCUACUGCAUUAGGAAGUCCUUUAGUGGACUGUGCUGCAUAGCCUAGCCUAAUACGGACUUGGUACAAAGGCUUAGCUGGACCGCGCACAUCACCUGUGGCACGACAUAAUGAGUUUUUCCGCACCCACUCUCAUUUGACUGGGAAGUUCCUGGUGAAAAAUUGCCCCCCAGCAACCUAUCGCCUUGAUGCCGUGCAGCAGCAGGAGUAGCUUGGAAACAGCUUGACUAACUUAUAGCUAUACAGUAUUUUCUUUCCUGAAAAAUCUAUUUUCAUGAUUCACUGUCUGGACGCUCCCUUCUCAUCAUAUUUCAAACUGUCAUGGUCGUACAUGAAACUGGAACUCUCUAGGAGCUUGCAAUAUGAUUUCCCACCACCUAGUUUA